AAUUAUCAUUGAAGAUGCAGUGGACUGGAAACCUCAUGACAAAAUUGUCCUUAGUUCCAUCUUAUGAGCCCCAUGAAGCGGAGGUCCUCACUGUCAAAGAAGUCAAGGGUUACCAUGUUGGGAUCCAUGAACGGCUCAAACACCGGCACAUUGGAAGUGUUCAUGUCAUCGAGGAUGGUCGACACAUUAGUUUGGCUGCUGAAGUUGGACUACUGACUCGAAAUAUACAAAUUCGGCCAGACACAUCCUGUAGGGGGAGACUGCUGGUAGGGUCCUUCAGGAAGAGCGACAGAGAGGAGUUCUCAGGUGUCCUUCAACUUUUAAAUGUGGAAAUACAGAACUUUGGAACACCACUGUAUUCAUCCAUUGAAUUCAAUAAUGUAUCAUCAGGAUCAUGGAUAAUGUCUUCUACUGUACAUCAAAGUUGUGGUGGGGGAAUUCAUGCAGCUGCCAGUCAUGGAAUAAUUUUAAAGGACAACAUCGUGUUUGGUGCUGCUGGCCAUGGUAUUGACCUGGAGGGCCAGGCCUAUUCUCUUACUAAUAACCUUGUGAUUUUAGUGACACAGUCAGCAUUGUCCACUGUUUGGGUGGCAGGGAUCAAAGUGAACCAGGCAAAGGAAAUCGACCUCCAUGGUAAUGUUGUAGCAGGAUCAGAGAGACUUGGCUUUCAUAUAAGAGGCCACAGGUGCUCCUCUCCUGAAGUGCUUUGGUCUGACAAUGUGGCCCACUCAAACCUUCAUGGCCUUCAUCUCUAUAAAGAAAUUGGACUUGACAAUUGCACCAGUAUCUCUGGAUUUCUGGCUUUCAAGAACUUUGACUAUGGUGCUAUGCUACAUGUAGAAAACAGCAUGGAGAUAGAGAAUAUUACUCUGGUAGACAAUGCUAUUGGUCUAUUUGUUGUGGUGUAUGUGUCUUUUGUUCCACAGAGCUCCCGCCAAGAUGUGCAGAUUGUGCUUAGAGAUUCAGAUAUUGUGGCCACUAGCUCCUCUUUUGAUUGCAUUCAGGACAGAGUAAAGCCUCAGACAGCCAACAUGACAUUCAGAGACCGAGCUCCUUCCAAUCCAAGAGGGGGCCGAGUUGGUAUCUUGUGGCCUGCAUUCACCUCACAACCAAACCAGUGGCCCCAGGAGCCAUGGCACAAAGUGAGGAAUGGCUAUUCAAUUUCAGGAAUCAUGAAACUUCAAGAUGUGACCUUUUCUAGUUUUGGGAAGAGCUGCUAUAGUGAUGACCUGGAUAUUUGUAUUCUACCAAAUGUACAGAACACAGGAAUAAUGCACCCAAUAACAGCAGAGAGGACCAGAAUGCUAAAUAUGAAAGAUAAAAAUAAGUUCUACUUUCCUCCAUUACACCUCAGGAAAGAUUUAGAAAGAGUAAUCUGUAUGGAAUCAGGUUGUGAAAAUCCAAGAAAAUACCUCUUCAAAGAUCUGGAUGGGAAUACCUUGAAUCUGCCUGCACCAGUUUCUGUAUUUCCUAAAAUUGAAGCAGAAUGGACUGGAUCCUUCUUCAACACAGGUCAGUUGUACCUGAAUGCAAUGUCUGUAGUAACAGCAUGUAAUGGACAGAGAUGGUUGCCUAUGUUAUUCACUAGGAGCAAAAUACACUAGAGAAUUGAGUUUGCACUGGAGUCUGUGCUAAUAUGAUCCUUACUUACUUAAAUCAUGUGAGCACCAAGUCAUUAAGAAAUGGCCAUUACAGCUGUGCCCUCUAUGGAAUUCUCUGUAUCUAUGUUAAUGUUCUGAUUGCCAUACCCCGGCGGUGUACAUUGGUGAGAAAACAACCCUCUCAUUAGCUGGGUCAUCUGGGCUUGAAGUUGUCCUCAUGCUUCACAUUUUACAGUCCUGCACACAGGCCCUGUUCUUCUGGCUUCUGAGCCUUCCUUUCCUUCCUGCCAAGACUUAAUGGUUCACAUUCUGAAGAGGGUGGUUGGGUAGAUGCCAUGCAGUUUUCCUCCUAUUUCUCAACACUCCGGGUGUCCCUCAAACUUUCCUGUGUUUAAAAUUACUUUUUUCUCUUGCUUGCAUAAAGCCUCUUUAUAUGUCAAUUUUUAUACGUGGGCAUCUGGGCUGAUAUUUGUCUUCCUAUUUCCUCUAGCAAUAAGACUGAAUUCUCAUUUGAAUUCUCCUGAAAUCUGCUGCAUACAAAUACAAAUAAUUUUCCCUUCUGGACUCCCUCCUUUUUCAUAUCUGAGUGUGCUUGACUCUCAGGACUACAUCUUCAGACAUUUUUGCUUCUUGCCCUCUUUUGUUCCCCAGGUCUAAAACUGAGUCACCACUCAGUACUGAUGUCUUCCAAUCCAAAUGACCAGUCCAGACAUAGAAACUUGGUCUAGUUUCUCCAACUGACUCCACUGGGAAGUGUAAUAGAUAUCUCAACAUGCUUCAAAUAAA